AAAAAAGUUAUUCAGGUGCGGUGGCACACGCCUGUAGUCCUAGUCCGAGCUACUGGAGGUGGGGCAAGGGGAGGCUGAGGCAGGAGGUGCACUUGAGCCUGGGAGGUUGCGUCUGCAGCGACCCUGCUGGCACCACUUCUCUCCUGCCCGCUGGGCGACCGGGUGAGACCCUGUCUCAGACAGACAAAAGCCACGGGGCUGCUCGGUGCUGCGGCGUGCAGGUGCUGAGCCAGCGGGCGGGAAGGCUCGCGGACUCCUCCGGUUUGUCGGAUGAGCCUGUCAUUAAAGCGAGGAGACAGACGCAGGCCUGGCGGCGGCUCUGGCCUCCCUCCCUCUCCCCUGCACCCCGGCCCGGCCCCGGCGCUCGCUCACCGCCGCCUGUGCUCUCCCCGCAGCCACCCGUGGGACACGGUCAUCCAGGCGGCCAUGCGCAAGUACCCGAACCCGAUGAACCCGAGCGUGCUGGGCGUGGACGUGCUGCAGCGCCGCGUGGACGGCCGCGGCCGCCUGCACAGCCUGCGCCUGCUCAGCACCGAGUGGGGGCUGCCCGGCCUCGUGAGAGCGAUUUUGGGAACCAGUAGGACUUUGACAUACAUCCAAGAACAUUCUGUGGUGGAUCCAGUGGAAAAGAAAAUGGAACUUUGUUCCACCAACAUCACACUCACAAAUUUGGUGUCAGUUAAUGAGAGGUUGGUGUACACACCUCAUCCAGAGAACCCAGAAAUGACCGUGCUCACACAAGAAGCCAUCAUCACCGUGAAGGGGAUUAGCCUCGGUAGUUAUUUGGAAAGUUUAAUGGCCAACACGAUAUCAUCCAAUGCAAAGAAGGGAUGGGCGGCUAUCGAGUGGAUAAUUGAACACUCUGAAAGCGCUGUGAGCUAAGGAGGCGCCUGUGCUUGUGAUAAAUGGUGACGCUUCCCAGAAGAAAGGAAAGAAGCAGGUGAGGAGGUGAGGAGAGGACGAGCAAGGACGGGACGGAAGAGCGCGUCUGGCUGCGAGGGCGCGCAGGGCCGGCCGGGGAGGAGGAUCGGGCUGGACUCAUCGCGGGUCGCAGGUGACCCCGGGACCGGACGUCCCUCCCCUCAUGAGCGUGCAACAGGGAGCAGCCCCAGCCAGCCCCGCCGCCGCCGUCUGCGAGGAUGGAGGGCGCGAGGCCCUCGCCCAUGCCCCUUGGGGCGGCGCCCAUCUCCCUGCCUGCCAUGGUGGCCCAGGCCCUUGUCUCCCUGCAGGGGGCCUGUGCCGCUCUGGGGCACGGGGG